AUGGUUCUAUGCGAUCCUUGCAGAGGAAUACCAUGGAAGAAUCUUCCUGAAGCCCCAUCGGAGUCAGGGCCGUCCCUCAGCGGAUAUCCAUAUCUCCAAGAAUUUCACUUCUGGCCCGAAGAUAACCGAGGCUAUCUACAUCAUCAGAGUCUAGAAGCUCUGCAAAAUGCUGCUAACGAUGAAGGCUGUGGUAUCUGUCGCUUGAUACUGAGUCAGGUCGAGUUGUGCAUGGCGGAACUUGAAGAGCUUGAGCCCAAGUGGGAAGCAGGAACUGAAAUGAAGUAUGGUUGGCCGCUCUGGGAAAUGUGGAUUGUCAAGAGAGAAGUUGGAGGGGAUGGGCUUUGGGUCAUGACGGCCAUUGGACUCUGUGUAGACGAUGGUAAUCCUUUGGCUCCGAUCAUUCGUGGACGACCCGUUGAGCAGUAUGGCGGAGCUUCGAAGGCCAUAUCUAGGGUUCAUGAGUGGGUUACUAAAUACAACAAGCAUCCCAAGUGCAGUCCCGGAGACACGCUGUUGCCAGGUCGAGUCGUUGACGUGGGUGUUGAUAUGAACAGCCCAUACGCGAAGCUUAGAGAGACAGACGGACAGGAACGUGGAAAAUAUAUAUCGCUGAGCUACUGUUGGGGCAAAGUGCCCCAGUUCACAACCACCAAAGCAACUCUCGAAGAGCGUAAAUGUCAAAUCAUCAUCUCUGAUUUGUCACAAACGCACCAAGAUGUUAUCAAACUAGCACGCGAGCUAGGUGUUAGAUAUCUCUGGAUAGAUAGUAUCUGCAUUUGCCAAGGCGACUACGACGACUGGGAGCGUGAAUCAGCAAAGAUGCUCUCCAUUUACGCAAACUCUUAUCUAACCGUUGCUGCCUCGAAAGCAAAGGAUCACUCAGAAGGACUCUUCAGCGAGACAACGCCUAGGGAAUAUAAGAUGUUUGAGUAUAAAUGUGGAGAGCUCAGUGGCCAGGUCAUGGCGUUCAGUCUUCCGAUUGACAAAGAAUCCGGUGCUAGCUCCUACGUGAGCCUGGAAGAUGAGCCACUUUCUGACCGGGGUUGGGCUCUCCAGGAACGAGUGCUACCAUAUCGGAGCUUGCUUUAUACAAAGCAGCAGAUGUUUUUUGAGUGUAGUGAGGGAUUUCAAGGAGAGGAUGGCACGGCUCUUGAUUGGAGGUUUGUGAAUGUGCAUGAUAUGCCAGACGGACGGGAAGAACGAAAAGAGGCUGAAGAUCAAGAGGAAGAAGAGGAUGAUCCUAAAGCGAGCCUGUAUGAGUCAUGGUAUAGUCUGAUCUGGAUAUACGGCCCUCGGAAACUGACAGAUGCGUCGGAUAAACUCCCUGCCAUCUCUGGACUCGCGAGUAUCUUUGCCCAACGUCUAGAAGAUGAGUAUGUCGUUGGGAUUUGGCGAUCAAAACUGCUGGAAGGACUCCUCUGGCAGAGUCUCAAAUGCAGACGUGUUUCAGAGUACAGAGCACCAUCCUGGUCGUGGGCAUCUGUGGACGGAAUCCCCGGCCUCGGGAGAACAGCACCUUACGAGGAAGUCGCGAGAGUCUUAGACGUCAAGGUUGAUCUCAAGGGCACAAAUACCUACGGCGAGGUCACAAGAGGAAAGCUGCGGAUCCAAGCGCCGAUGGAGCGAUUAUAUCUCGACGUCAAAGACUGGGACCCUACGAAGCCGGGGUUCGCGUAUUACAACAAUCCGCCGAUCCGUACGGCGCACGAUAAGACUCUUGCGCGGUUCGACUUUGACUUUACUGCCGAUGAUGCGCCGCAGGAGGCACUCAAGAUAGUGAAGGGUUUGGAAGGGAAAGAAUUAUUUGCGCUCAUCUUGCUCAAGGUUGAAGAACCAGAUGAGGAGGCUUAUCAAGCAGUAAUGGUGAAGAGAGUCGAUGGGGAAGAGGAGUAUGAGAGGUUGGGAUUCGGACUGAUCGACGAAAAGGCUAUGGGACGUAAGCCGGAGCUGGAAGCGAAGGAUGAGUUUCCGAUUAUUACGCUCGUUCAGACUGACGGUGGGAGGCAUUUUAAUCUUACAGCCAGCCACGUUGUCCGAGCUGAAACUGUUGAUCGAAUGGAAGCCAUCGCAGAAAGCCUCAUUGACCAGGGUUACAAUGCCAAGACUGCCACAGCCAGAAAGAUUUUCAGGUCAAGUAUCAUUACAGGACAACCCUGUUCGAAUGAGGAAACUUCGACGAUAACCGAGACGACCCAAGUAUCGAGCCUCGCGGCAUCCUGUGCAACAUACACCGGCGAUCUCCAACUCACCAAUAUUACGAAGACCAUCAACAUGACUGGCGUCGAGACUCUCAUUGGCGAUAUCACGUACAGCAACGACUUCCCAGACGAAUACGUUACGUUCUAUAGCUCAACGCUCACGAAUGUUACCGGUGACCUCCUGAUGUACGGCGCCGGAGGAAAGCUUACCAAAACACCGGGUGACUUGAACAUAACGCUUCCAGCUCUACGAACCAUCUAUCGCCUGGCUGCGUAUGGAGGAUGGGGCGACGUAUCAAUUAAUACGGAUCCAACGCUGAAUGUAUCACAAGGGCUUCAGAUCAGCUCUGGAGCAAGCCAGUCUGCGGCGGGCAACUUGUACUUGAACCUUAGUUCUACUUAUAGUAUUGGCGUUUUAGGUGUCGACUUUCAAGCCACCGGGGGAGCACUUUUCACCUCAUCGGCGGAGAGCGUCAAACGCGAGAUCACAAUCUGGGGAAACAGUGGACUAGAGCGUGUCGUACUGGAUAACCUCAAGUUUGUCAACUAUACGGUGGACAUCAGAAGUAAUCCAGAUCUCGACUAUAUCUCCUUGUCUCUCCCCGAAGUCGGGCUUCUGCGCGUCAAGGAAAAUGGAAGAGACACGCAUCUGUCAGUACCCAAUCUCAAGAAGCUCGGAGGCCACAGCGACCCCGGCACCCAUACCAGUGGGGGAGACGCUGGCGGUAUCUUCAGGGAUCUUGUCAACGCCAGUCUACCAUCAUUGACUGAAGUACAUGGUGAUGAUGUCGAUUGGUUCAAGGGCAAGCUCAACUUCACCUCCAACUUCUUCUCAGAGCUUAGUCUUCCGAGUCUCAGGACGGCAAACUGCACGCUUGGCAUCGACGAGAACAUUGCACUGAAUGACUUCUCAGUACCGAGGUUAAAUUACGUCAAGGACUUGCAGAUACACGACAACCCUCGCCUUCUCAACUUUACGGCCAAUCUUCUCAAAAAGGCUGAUAACAUCAACAUGACCGGGCCAUUUACCAACGUCGAAUUCUUUGGUCUCGAGGUCAUUACAGGAGAUUUCUAUCUCGCUGGUGACAAGAUCAUGGAUUGUUCUUGGUUCGAUGAGCAUUUCCUCAAUCACAUUGUCCAGGGAUCAUACAAGUGCGUUGGCAACCAUACCAAGCCUACAACCGAACGCAAGCCUAGCACGCCAACCGACGAAGCAGAUCUUGAAGAUGAGGGCUCAAAACAAGGAGGAAGUUCUUCCAGUGGAAACGGUGAGAGCUCAUCUUCAGGAAGUGAUGGUGGACUCUCGACUGGUGCAAAGGCAGGUAUUGGCGCAGGAGUCGGUGUAGCUGGCCUUAUCCUUCUUGGUCUUGGCGCUGGGUUUUUGAUUGGCAAGAAGGCGAAGAAACCGCCUGGUUCAUUUACUCACACUACCGAAUCUGGGUAUCAGAAGGCUGAGCUCGAUGGAGAUGGUAAGCCAUCCAGUGGCGUGAAGUUGCCGGCCAUGUCAUCUUCCAACUACGCUUAUGAGGCUCUAUCAUACACAUGGGGCGAUCCCGACAACGGCUGCAAUAUCUGGGCUGCGAUGGGAGAGGAAGAAGAGAGUGCUCUGAAAAGUAUCAGUUCUCUUGCUGAAUGGGAAGACCUUGCCCUGAUUGGGCUUCCAGAUUGCCCUUAUGGUGGUGCUGAGGGUCGCACCAACGCCCUGUGUAGAACGAUGAUAGCCGAUUAUACAGGUGCUGGAGCGGCUGAUAGUGAUGAACUGGGCUUACAUCGAGACGUGGUAUGA